AAAGAAAGAAAGGAAACACACAAGGCGAACUUGUCAUUUGUCCGGAGCUAACGUCAUGGAAAAAGGAGCUUUGCAUUGCAGCGAGUGAUAAUGAAACUCAGGAGCACCGGAGCGUGUUGAUAACGUCACAAAGAAAGAGUUUUUGGGCGGGUUUUCGGUUUGUUUUCGGCCGGACGUGAGGAUGAACCUGUUUACUUGGGAAACGCAGCAGUUUUGAGUGUGCGGGAAUGUGGAGGAGCCUCGGCUUUUCUCCACGCCGCGCCGCUUUGUGUUGGAAAUACUUUCACCAAAGUUCGUCUCUCGGCUCCGUGAUGUGAACCGAGUGUCCCGCGAGCGGUUCUACGGUUCGGUUCCGGACGAGCGCACAGACCGUCGGUGCCUUCGCACAGGUUGUUAGAUACUCUUCCACGGGAAUUAAUGUUUUAUAACUCCUCUGCAGCCCACUUUUAAGAACUUUACUUCCAAAUUUGACAUAUCAUGAUCAAACAGGCUGCUGAGGGUAGUUUGACUAAUGGAGGUGUUCUAGGACUCUUUUGGUGGACCUCUGUUGUGUUUGUCAUUUGCUGCUGCACACCUGAUCCAACAGCUGUUAUGUAAAAAGUUUUGUAGUUGAAGAUCCACUGGAGUAUCAAGAUGUCAGUGAAGGCCAAAGCGAUCUACACUUUCCAGAGCGAAAACAAAGAGGAGAUCAGCAUCCAGGAGAACGAGGAGCUGGUUAUCUUUGACGAGAACUCUGUGGAUGGUUGGUUUCAGGGGGAGAACAGCCGAGGGGAGAGGGGUCUGUUCCCUGCGUCCUAUGUGGAAAUUAUUCGCCCUCGAACCAACUCCAACUUGACUGAUUGCUCCAUAAGCCCAGCAGGUUCUCUGGGAAAUGACUUCUCCUAUUUUCCCUCCACCCCAAACACCACAUUUCACAUGCAGCAGAGUUAUGAUGACGAUGAUGAUGAUGACGACUGGGAUGACUGGGAUGACAGAUCCACAGUGGUGGAGGAUGUGGAUCCCAGUAAGAGCCCUGGCGCCAAUGGACAUGCACAUCAGAGUCCACUGUCCAACAACCCCAAUGUGCACUAUCGCACCAAACCUUACAUGGAGAGACAAGACAGUAUCUCCAGCUCAAGGAAAGGAAGUAUGGUGGGCAGGAACUUGAACCGAUUCUCCAGCUUUGUCCGCUCAGGGGUAGAAGCGUUUGUGCUGGGUGAUGUAGCCAUGAUGGCUAAGAUAGCUGAAUCAUACACUAUUGAGAUGAGUCCUUUGGGGCCAAGAUGGAAGGAGAAUCCACAUCCUUUCUCUUGCUCCAUUGAAGAUCCAACAAAACAGACAAAGUUUAAAGGCAUCAAAACGUACAUUUCGUACCGGGUCACGCCAAGCCACACAGGCCGUCCUGUUUACAGGCGCUACAAACACUUUGACUGGCUAUACAACCGGUUACUGCAUAAGUUCACUGUGAUCUCUGUGCCUCACCUUCCUGAGAAACAGGCCACUGGGCGAUUUGAGGAAGACUUCAUCGAGAAGCGUAAGAGACGAUUGAUACUGUGGAUGAACCAUAUGACUACUCACCCAGUUCUCUCACAAUAUGAAGGCUUUGAGCACUUUCUCAUGUGUGCUGAUGACAAGCAAUGGAAACUGGGCAAGAGACGGGCAGAGAAGGAUGAGAUGGUGGGUGCCCAUUUCAUGCUAACCCUCCAGAUUCCCAAUGAGCACCAAGACCUUCAGGAUGUAGAAGAGCGAGUUGAUUCCUUCAAGACAUUUGCAAAGAAAAUGGAUGAUAGUGUCAUGCAGCUCACACAUGUUACCUCGGAGCUGGUGCGCAAGCACCUUGGUGGAUUCAGAAAGGAGUUCCAACGGCUAGGGAAUGCCUUUCAGUCUAUCAGUCAGGCAUUCAUGCUGGACCCUCCCCAUUCCUCAGAGGCUCUCAAUCAUGCCAUCUCUCAUACUGGCCGAACGUAUGAGAACAUUGGAGAGAUGUUUGCAGAGCAACCUAAAUAUGACCUCUUCCAUAUGCUGGACAAACUCUCGCUCUACCAGGGCCUGCUCGCCAACUUCCCAGACAUUAUUCAUCUUCAAAAAGGUGCCUUUGCUAAGGUGAAGGAGAGCCAGCGGAUGACUGAUGAAGGAAAGAUGGACCAGAGCGAGGCCGACGGCAUUCGGAAACGCUGCCGGACGGUGGGCUUUGCCCUUCAGGCAGAGAUGAGCCACUUCCAUCAGCAGCGAGAGGUGGACUUCAAAGACAUGAUGCAGGCCUACCUCAGGGAGCAGAUAGCCUUUUACCAGCGCGUUGUCCAGCAACUGGAGCGCACGCUGCGCAUGUAUGAAACUCUGUAGAUGCAUCAGAUCACUGCUUGGACCAAGAUGCCAAAAAAAAAAAAGAACAAGGACAAAGAACGUAUAGUGACAUUCUGACUCUUACUGUGGCAUUUUAAAUGGUCACCUUGAGUAUGAACAUGAAAGGACAAACAAAGGAAGCAUAUCAUGACUUGGAUGACACGUGAAGCGGGUGACAUUAUCGUUCACAUCGUCUUUUAGACCUACUGUACCUUUUAUUUCAGAAAAGCACGUCACUUGCGUAGGUACAAAUUACAUAGUUAGGGCAAUUAAUUUAAGUUGCUUGAAACAUUCAAGUAAAAAUAUAGUUUUCUGUAGUUGGAAGUCAUUGGACAAAAAAGGUUUUAUUAUGAAAUUGUCCCCUUCAUUCAAACAUCAUGCACUUUGGCAUGUUCAUUUGUAGAAAGUAAAGUGAUAAUUUCAUUCCCGAUGUCCUGUUAACAUUCCAGAUAUUUUAUCAUUUAGUGGCCAUUAAUGUUCAGUUUUGUGUUUUGUCUGAAUGUUAAAUGAUUGUCCAAACAAAUGCACCAUGUAGAAACAGGGGAGAUUCACCCUGCGUCGGCUCUCGAUGCCUCUGCUCGCUCAGGUGUUUUUUGCUUCAUUCUGCUUCCCUUUACAUCACAUUCCUUUGGUUAGCGAGCAAUGCUAGCUCGUGUAAACGUUGCACCAUUUGAAGGUUUGACUGAUACCAUGUAAUUCAGUUAGGUUGCCUCAUUUUAUUUCUUAUUUCUGUGCAGGAAAUGCCUCUUAGGGGCAGAGAUUUUGGGAUGAUGGGAUGUUGUUUUUUUUAAAGUGGACAAUUUGUCUGUAAUGUGAGUUUCAGAAGACAGAUCUUUGAUGGAAUAACUUGUUGAGACAGGUUUGCACGUUAUAUAUACGUGUGUGUGUGUGUGGGUGAGUCAAAUGAGUCAACUACUGUAUGAUUCCCUUCUCUAAGACAUUUAUAUGUAGCAAUACUGUGUGUUUGUUGUCGUAGAUUAUUCAGGAGAUAUAAAAAAUAAAAAUCCAUUCUGUAA